CUCCGGAUUCCCUCAGCACAAGCCCAAGGGAAAUGUCAGUGCGUCCGUCCGUCACGUUCCGACAGCAUAUUCAAGGUCCAACAUGGGGCUACCCGAUUUACCGUACCAGUUACACGCCUGCACUGCAACAAGCCUGGGAGCGCACGGUUGGAAAGAUCCGCAGUGCAAUCAUACCGAGCAUUGAAAAGGAGCAGCACGAUGCAAGAUCAGGAGCUUUACGCCCCGACAUCGAUCCAGCUCCAGUAGACUUCGUCAAAGACCCGCUCCAGCUCGUGAUGCAUGAUGAUACCAGCCGCUAUGACGACAUUGACGAGGCGGGUGCUCGCGAGGCGUUUCAUGCCUGGUGCUCUCCGCCCGGGGAACAAGUAUUCACCAUCGCGGAUAUCCUCGCUAAUCCUGAAGCCUCCAAGGUUUGGACGCGGGCCGACCUCCCUGUCUCCGAAUGGAACGAAUACGGGGAAGGCCCAUACGUCAAGGCCAGUGCGCGUUUGCCAGCUAUGGGCGCGGACUAUGACGGCUCGUUCAAGGUGGCGUUGACCUACCUGUGGGGAUUGAUUGGUAAAGCAGAUAACCAGGGUGGCCUUGACCAGUUCCUGCCACCGACGCGACAUAAGACGGGCGAGCGACCGGUUUAUAAUGGGCGCUGGCCAGAGGAUGUGGACUUGGAGUCUCUAGGGCUUGACCCGGAUGAGGUGCCGACGCUGGAGCACGCAUUCGAGGAGAGCAGGGAGCCCACAGGGUUUCGAUCCACGCUCCGGCCUGUGCAAGUCUCAAGUAAUUUAAGAAACUUGAGCUCCUUUUAUGAGACGGCCGGCAAGUUGCCAACUAACUCAUUCCGUGAUCCUGCUAAGUAA